AUGAUAAUUAUCAUCCAUAAAAAACAAAUCAAUGAGAUGCAAACAUAUCAAAUGUCCUUGAAACAUGAUCAUUCGAUAAAAAUUCAUUCUUUCGUUUGAAGCGAAAAAAAAUUUUCAUUUCAAUUCAAUCAUUUUUUCAUCGAUAUUAGUUAAUGAUGGCCACACCAAGUAAAUUCGUUUUAUACAAUUAUUGGCGAAGUUCAUGUUCAUGGCGUGUACGUGCUGUUUUAGAAUUGAAAAAGAUUCCAUAUGAAUAUCGUGCCAUCAAUCUGGUUAAAGGUGAACAAUAUGGCAAAGAAUUUCAACAAAUUAAUCCAAUAAGUCAGGUACCGACGUUACAAUUUCAAACAUCCGAUGGACGUACUGAAAUUCUUUAUGAAUCAAUGGCCAUAAUUGAUUAUUUGGAACAAACAUUUCCAACACCAUCAAUCUAUCCAAAUGAUCCAAUCGAACGUGCCAAAGUUAUUGCUAUUGCUGAAACAAUAGUCAGUGGCAUACAACCAAUUCAAAAUCUUGUUGUCAUGAAAAAAAUUGAAGAAAUAACUGGAUCUAAAGACCAAUCCAUGGAAUGGAGCCGUGAAUGGAUUCGUAAAAAAUUUCAGAUGCUUGAAACAAUGUUAAAAUCAAUGAGUGGAACUCAUACAUUUGGUGACCAUUUAACAUUGGCUGAUUUUUGUCUUGUACCACAAGUGGCAAAUGCUAUUAAAUUCAAAGUUGAUAUGAAUGAAUUUCCAUUAUUGAAACGUUUGAAUGAAUUUCUAUUGACUACUGAAUCGAUUGCAAAAGCUCGGCCAGAUAAUCAACCAGAUAAAAUGUGAAACGACGAUUCUAGAUGAUUUGAAAUUUUUUUGAAAAUUCAUUCAUUAAAAAUCGUUAU